AUAAACAUGGCGGACGAACUUGAAAAUGAGUCUGCUCAGGCAUUGCUGGCAUUUAAGAAUGGAGGUAUAAAAUUUGAUCCCGGACCAGAGAUUAAGAUGGAGUCAGAAGAUGUGUUGGGUCCUCUCGGCCUUCUCAGGGUCGGCACUGAACUGCCACCACGCUCGCCUCAGCCGGGGCUCAUCCUGAAUAGGAGAGGAAUGCCUCAAAGAGUAAGGAAGAAAAACCGUUUGUUUUUUGAUGAUGAUGUAGUAAACAUCACGACUCCAAAAACUAAACGGAGCACUGGAAAAUCACCUGCGAAAAAACCUCCAUCCGCUGGUAAAGUGAUUCGGACUAUAAAAAGUGAAGAGUCUCCUAUUAAGCAAGACAGUCCUGAUCGAAGACUUGGACAGAAAAUCGGAAUGAGAUUGAGAAACCUUUUGAAGCUACCCAAAGCCCACAAGUGGGUUUGUUACGAGUGGUUUUACAGCAACAUAGACAAAGCACUUUUUGGAGGUGAUAACGAUUUCAUGGUUUGCCUGAAGGAAAACUUCCCACAGUUGAAAACUCGCUGUUUGAGCCGUGUGGAAUGGUGCAAGCUGCGAAGAAUUAUGGGAAAACCUCGGAGAUGUUCUCAGGCAUUUUUCACUGAAGAAAGAAGAGAAUUAGAAAAUAAGAGGACAAAAAUCCGCUUAGUGCAGCAACGUAAGAUUGGGGACAUUUCUCAUUGUAAAGAUCUGCCUAAUGAGAUCCCACUACAACUAGUCAUUGGUUCUAAGGUAACUGCCAGGUUGCGUCGUCCACAAGACGGAUUGUUUACAGGCAGUAUUGACGCUGUGGACACUUCCAACAACACUUACAGAAUCACCUUCGAGCGGCCAGGUCUCGGCACACAUUCAGUCCCAGACUAUGAAGUAUUGUCCCACGAACCUCCAGAUACAAUGCCCAUGAGUAGUUUAUCAGCUUUGUUCCGACCUCGGUUGUCGUCUGCGUCUACACCCUCGGUGCCGUCUCGUAUCCCCCCAUCCUUGCCAUCUGCAGGUCCAGACCCCAUGUUGUCUGCAGUCAGCAGCAAACCAAAGGCAGACACACCUAUAGGCAGCGCUUUCCCACAGAACGCCUUAGAGAUGAUUGUAAGAUUGAGUAAAAUCUUGGAUAUAAAGAAAAUCAAAGUUAAACAUCUUCAAGAUUUCAACACAGAAGCUGAGAGGAUGAAAUCAUUUGGUGACCCGAUAACAGAAGACUUUCAAAAGAGAUAUGCGAACAAAGUGAUUGAACUAGAGCAUCUCAACGUUCAUCUCAAGGAAAUAUUAGCUUCAGUUCAGAAACACUGUCAUGAGCUGGCUCCUGAGGCGGCUCUAGCAGCCAUGCUAAUGCCAGGUCAGAUACAAGAGUUGAGUCAUCUAGAGGCCAAACAGAUGGUCAUGAGGUACAACACGUCAAUCAAGGACGACGGAGUCAUUGACCUCAUCACCAGUCUCACCUCACUCAUGCUUCAAGUGAAGAACUUAUCUGAAUCCGAACGAAGUUCGUACGAAGUAGACAUUUUGAAUACAUCGAUGGAACAGAUAAAAACAAAGCUGAAUCCAGCCAAUAGGAGCGUGUUUGAAAACUGUGUUGAAGUACACAUGAGGCAUAUUCAGCUCGGACUGACAGGACCUCUGAGUUUCUCUUUAUAGCAAGAGUUCCAAGGCCUAGCAGGUCUAGUCUAAAGGGAACUGUGUAGCCUAAUAGUCAAGUAAUUCUGGCACUUAGUGCAAGAUAUUUACCUAAGUUUUCAGAAUUUUGCUGAGUGUGAAAUAAGUUUUUCAAAUCUAGAACACCAAAUUUAAGUUUAAGGUAUAGUUAUGGAUGGUCAAUAAAUUUAGAAAUGAGAUAUAAUAAUUUUUAGUAAUUUAGUUAUAGUAUAAAUAUUCCAGGAAAUCAUUUAUUUAUUUUGAAUCAUACAAUAUGAUGUAAUUUGAAUCAAGAUAAGAUAUUAGUAAAAUCAAUUACAGUAUGCACUUAGUCAGACAGGACUCGUGAUGCUACUUUUAUUCCAAUGAUUAAAUAGGAACAUUCUUUUUCGUCCACGUUAUCACUCUCAAUAAUAUUAGGACUUAUAAUUAUAUUUAUUAAUUUUUUUCUAUCCAUCCUAUAUAAAGAAUAGUUGAUUUUUAUCAAUUUAUUUUUGUUAACUGUGUCGAUACCUUUUUACUUAUAGAUUAUAUCUAUACUGUUUACUUUUUUUAAUACUUGUAUAUUUGUUUUGAAAGACAAUUAAUUGGUGAAUGUUCUAAUUGUAAAUAAUAAAAGUUACGUUUGAGUCCGAUUGUUAGGGAAGGGGUAAAAGCAUGUUAGUGUUUACCCAACUUUAAGUCUCAUGUUUGUGAAAUGUAUUGAGUCAUUGCAAA